AACUGGAGAACAGUUCAGUUCAGAGUCGGACGUCCUCCGCGUUCCUCUUCCUUCGGUUCUGUCAUUCCUCACCUGUACCCCCCUUUUUUAUCUCUGUUGCAAAGCUCGUUAGCGGUCGCGAGAGAACUCGUGCGAGCAAUUACCGCGAUUCGAAGCGAGUGAUUGCGCAAUCAGGCCGAGCUUCCCCUCGAGCAGCCGCACCGUUCGACUCGGCAUCGCGACGCGUGCUCUUAUCCAUCCCAGGUGAGAAGAAAAUAAGUGUUCAGAUGUCUUGGAAUAAUAUCGUCGAUUCGCUGUGGAUAUAUUGGAAACACGAUCGAUUCGAUCUAUCGACAUAAUGGAUCAUGUUCUUCUGAACUGAACUCGGAUCACUGAUACGUACGAUGAUACAUGGACUUCUAGGAGGUGCUAAACGUAGGGUGAAUACUCUUCGGGCUGAUUUAGAUAAAUGACGAGGUUCUAACUGAAAUCUUGGAUCGUUUAUGAUUGAUUUAAAGAUGAUUCGCUUGAAAAGUGUGGUGUAAACGCUUUAAAUCGAAGAUAAUUAAAUACCUACCGCAUGGAAUCGAUGUUUUCUUUGAACCAUGUGCUCGUCGCUCCGAUUCUUCAAUGAAAGAAAAAUCAAAGUUCACUUGUGACACGGUUGGUGUUCCUUUGGAAAGGAGAAAAACUAUUGCAAGUGUGAUUUCGUGACGGUGGAUAGAGGUCCGUUCGUGAUCUUGCGACUAUUAUUCGAGAGGGAAAGCAAGGUUCACCGAAGGAAAACGAGAGAUGCGGGAAAUUAGGGAUAUUCAGCUGGUGACCGAGAAAGGCGACGCGAAACGCUUUGAACAGUAGCCGGUGGAAAAGCAGCGGAGAACGGUGCUUGUUGGUAUUUUCCAGGAAAAAUGGCACUGAUGGCACCGAGGAACAGCUCGCCCAUCGUUCGGGACAAGGAGAGCAUCCCGGCUUACGAUAUCAAGCUGGAACGUGUGCUCGGCGUAACCGUGUCGAGCAAUGCAGCCCUGGACUGCGAUGCAACUAGCGAGCUUGUCGCCUAUCCUGCUGGAUGCACGGUGGUGUUGUUCAACCCCCGGAAGAACACUCAGGCCCACGUGUUGAACGCCUGUCGCAAAACGGUCACAUCCUUAGCGCUCGCUGGCGAUGGCAGGUUUUUGGCGACCGGCGAAUGCGGCCACAUGCCGAACGUUCGUGUCUGGGAUAUCUCCGAUCCGUACAAUGCAGUGCAGAUCGCCGAGUUUUCCGGCCACAAAUACGGCAUCAACUGUGUGGCAUUUUCACCGAGCAACAAGUACGUGGUGUCUGUCGGCUCGCAGCACGAUAUGAUCGUAAACGUGUGGGACUGGAGGAACAACGUUAAGGUGGCGUCGAACAAAGUGUCGAGUAAAGUGAAGGCCGUCUGCUUCGCGGAAAACGGCAAUUACUUUGUCACCGUCGGCAACAGACACGUGAAGUUUUGGUAUCUCGAGUAUUCCCGCAGUGCCAAGUACAAGGAACCUGUGCCUUUGAUGGGUCGUUCCGCCAUAUUAGGAGAGCAGAGAAACAACGAUUUCGUGGACGUAGCCUGCGGCCGUGGGGAAAUGGCAGAUUCCACGUACGCGAUCACCAAAACGGGCCUUCUAUGCGAAUUUAAUAACAGGAGGUUGCUGGAUAAAUGGGUGGAGCUUCGCACAACCAGUGCCAAUUGCAUGGCCGUCGGGGACAAGUACAUCUUCAUCGGCUGCGCGGAGGGUAUCGUCAGGUGCUUUAGUCCUAGCACGCUUCAGUUCAUCACCACCUUACCGAGAACGCAUUACCUAGGCGUGGAUGUUGCUCAGGGAUUGUCCAUUAGUCACAUGUCUCAGCAUCCAGCGAACGCGAGGUAUCCGGACGCGAUAGCCCUGGCGUUCGACGAGCAGAACAACAAGCUCACCUGCGUCUACAACGAUCACAGUAUCUACGUGUGGGACGUCCGAGAUAUCAGACGGGUGGGCAAGUCGCAUUCGUUCCUUUACCAUUCGGCUUGCAUCUGGGGCGUCGAGAUGUACCCGACGGGAUCCGAGUCCGUCAGCGCGAUGCCAUCCGGAAGCUUCAUCACCUGCUCCAGCGACGACACCAUCCGCGUUUGGAACCUGGAGAAGGACGUGCCCUCGAACGACACGCUUUACAAGCGGAACAUCUACAGCAACGAACUGUUGAAAGUGUUGUACAUAGAUCAGGAGUUGACUUAUCUGAAAGACCUGGAUCUGGCCGCGGCUGGUUCGACGGAGAAGAGCGACGCCUCGUACGACGGUCGAAACGGUGUCAGGUCGAUCAGAGUCAGCCCCGAUGGCAAACAUCUAGCUUCCGGGGAUCGAUCGGGGAACAUACGGAUUCACGAUCUCUCCUCCCUGGAAGAAUUGUGCCUGAUCGAGGCGCACGACGCGGAGGUUCUCUGUCUAGAGUACUCCAAGUUCUCGAAAUUUUCGGCCGAGGCUCCUAGGUUGCUCGCCAGCGCCUCGAGGGAUCGACUGAUCCACGUGUUCAGCGUCGAUCAGGGGUACAACUUCUUGCAGACCCUCGACGACCAUAGUUCUUCAAUUACUGCCGUCAGAUUCUUCAAUCAGAGCAAUCAGGGUAAUCAGAUUCAAAUGGUGUCCUGCGGUGCCGACAAGAGUAUUAUUUUUAGGCAACUGCAAUCGACUCCAGGAGGAAUGCCUCAAUUCGCGAGGGGUCACAAUGCUCAGGGAAAGACCACCUUGUACGACAUGGAGGUCGAUUCCGGGCAAAAGCACGUUUUAACUGCCUGCCAAGAUAGAAAUAUAAGGGUUUACAACGUGGCCACAGGCAAGCAUAGCAAAACGUUUAAAGGAUCCGUCGGUGAGGAUGGGUCUCUUAUUAAAGUUGUUUUAGACGCGUCAGGAAUCUACGUAGCUACCUCGUGUACAGAUAAAACGCUGUGCGUGUACGAUUACUAUAGCGGUGAAUGUAUGGCCACCAUGCUCGGUCAUUCGGAAUUGGUUACAGGCCUGCGUUUUAGUCCCGACUGUCGCAACCUCGUAUCCGCCAGCGGAGAUGGUUGUAUAUUCGUCUGGCGUGUUCCACGCGACAUGGUUGUAACUAUGCAGGCGCGUCUUGCUCAGCAAGCGAUGCGAGCUGGAAAGAGGCCGCCUCAAGUGAACGGCACAGGAAUCGAGAUACAAUUGGACAACGAAACCUUUGGAUCGCCGCCGCCAGAGUUCCUGGAUCCAAACGCGAACCCAACGUCGCAGAGCGUAGGCGUGGAUUACAGGUUUAGCGUGGGCCAGUUACCGCUUUGGGCGAAGAAGCAGAUAAACACAAACGCGGACGAGAGCGGCCCUCUUGGCUCGAACGUUAGACCCUUAGGCGUUGACCUGCCGAAGGGACGAUGGGCGCAAAGGGUUCAGCAGGGAGACGGUAUAACCGUCAAAUCCGUUUACGACAGCGACGAAGUUAUACCCUUUCCUCCUCCUCGCGGUGCGAUCGAUUCGGACGGUGGCGGCGGAGGUGGCGGUUCGAAAGACAGCUCCAUCGACAGCGGUACCGAAACCAAGUGUAGCAGCGAUUAUCGCAGGGAAACGAUAAUUAUCAAAAGGGAAGAGGAUGAGACUGUAUUUCAACCUUGUCCAGAUAGUUACAGAGAACUAGCAGAUGACACAAAACAGGUAAUCGGUGGUAACGUGACCGUAACUAGAGGUAGCAAUAUCACGGAAUUGACGCGUCAGUCAAGGAGUCGUCACCAUACCGACGAUAGCAGUCUCGGCAGCUUUAAAUUUGAGGAUCAUGAGAGCACGGAACACGAUGGGGACGUGGAAGAUUACUCGGAAGGAGAGAAUGGAACGACUGGUUCUGAAAAAUCCCAUCAUAGACUGAUGUACUAUCCUGCGCCGGAGGACACGGUAUCGAAUCAGUUCACUGUAAAUGCUAUGGACGUAGAAGAGCUACGAAGAUCUCAGAGGCGACAGAAGAAACCCAGGAAUGGAGAAAGUGGUCGAACGAGCGAACUGACCGCUUCUGGCAGCCAGGAGGAUUCGGAUUCCGAAGGUGGAGCGUCUACUCCAAGCGCGGAACGAAAUCCUUUGUCCAUGCUGUCGGAAGCUAGUUCGGAAGGGUUCGAUCAGCUGGCUAAACAGAGCCAUCGCGAGAAGUAUCUCAAGAAUGCUUUCGAAUCUCUCAGCGGCGCCGAGGAGCCAACGAAUAGGAUCGCGAAAACGACUAGUAUUAGUUCCCAAUUUCAUGGAAGGCUUAGCGGCGGUGGUGACAAUGCAACUAAUAAUAAGGUUCGCAACGCGGCUGUGGUAAACGCGACGAAACAAGCGAGAGGCGACGCAGACGUCGUGAAAAAGCGCGAAGAGUUGCAAAGGAGAAUAGAAGAAACUAGGAGAAAAUUGCAAAGCGUUGGCUAUAAGUCUUCGCUAAAAUCCAGCCAAAGUAUAUCGGAUUUGAGCAGCCACAUACCCGAGAAACAUCAUCGUCCGAACCGGCUGAGCACAGGUAACAAAUCCGGCCAACAAACACAAUACUCGAAACCGAUCAAUCCUUGCAAACCUAUACCGAAUCCAAAGCCUUUACUAAAACCUCAGCAACUCGUUAACAAAGUGUCGGGUGUGGGGAAUGCGCUAUCCAAGCUAGAUGUUCCAACCGAGAACUGCUUAUCCAAAAGUCCGACCACCCCGUGUAUAAGUGACAAGACAAAACCGUCUCUAAAUCGUCCGUUAACGUUGACUCUGAAAAAAACUGAAAAGUAUAAGCUGUCGCUGAACAAACCGAAUCAAUCGUUGCCCGAGUCGCCCGUGUGCGAGGAGCUCAAGCUCCUGAAGGAACAGUGCAAGAAGAACGUAAGCCGAUUCGCCAGGUUCGCCCAGAAGAGGCGUUCGUGCAGCUAUUUCAUCGGCCUGGACGACAACGAGGAGGACAUGGAGAAUAUAGCCAAGUCUUUCGAAAGUUUACCAGCGAUGAACGAGCGCAACAUCGAGAUUCUGAAAGACAAUAUGGACGACGGUGACGAGGGGAACGGAAAUUUUAGCGACGAUUCCUUGGAAGGCGAUUUCAAGAAUCCUCCUCGACGAUGCGUCAGCGAUUACCAAAUAAACGUGCACAUAGACCGUCGCUCCGACAACCACAGAAACUAUUCGUCUACGUACCAAACCUUCCCAAAACGAAUAUUGACUGGCUCUCAAGAGAGCAUACUAUCCGAUGCCUCCGUGGAAUCGUUCUCAAAAGGAAGCGCUGAAAUCUUGGACUACAGUCACUACGACAACGACAGACAUUCGAGCGCGAGUUUCUUUUUGUCCCGUCGAAAGAUGCAAGCCGGACGCAGUCAGGAGAGCAUCCUGACGGACGAGUCCGAUUACCAGAUGUUCCCCCUGCACGAGAACAUGGACCAUAGAAGCACAGAGAGCGUGCUAACCGACGACUCCGAUUCCCUGGUGAAAUCAGCGCCUCUGGAGAUGUUGUUCGAUUCUCAUUACAAAAGAAAGAGGCAAAACUCUGAAACCUACAGCGGGAAUCCAAAUAAUGCCGUGGAACCAUCGACCAAUGUACAGGAUUCUGCGAACGACUCGACUUCCUGCAGGGCGGUGUUCAGGUCGAAGUCCCUUCAGGAUACUAGAAUAAGCAAAGCGAGGAACGAGAACAGUUAUACGGAGGAUGACAACGUUCGACCAACGACCUGCAUUUACUACGAGUUCAAUUUCAACGAUGACAACGACGGGAACGUCGAGAUGAGAAUUGGAAGCAAAUCAGAUACCAUGCCACGGAGCAAUAGUCUAAAGGUGAGCAAGGAACCGCAAUCGAUGCUGAUACUAAACGACUUCGUGGCUCAUAAACCACCGAAACCGAAGCGAAACUCGGCUCGAACGCAGAGUAUGCGUAACAGAGCUCGUCCAGCGUGGAACAAGUUCGCGGUGGACACGUCUCGCGUCAAGUCCGACUGUGACGAUUUUGCAAACAAGUCAGAGGCUCGAACACCGAGCGCGGACGUGAAAUCGGAAAGUACCGAGUCUUUUCACGGUUCAAAGAGUAUCGAGCAGCUGUUGCAGUCGUCUGGUUAUUCCUUGCAGUCCAACGAAGACAAAGAUAACACUGCAACAAAGUUCUACAGCCUCCAGAAUCGUCGUUCCUCGGAUAAAGUUGGCGUGUACGAGGCUGCUAGACCAAUGGAGAGUUUCACAUACGAUCAGAAUGAUUCCUCUCGUCAGACUUGCUGUUUCGAGGCUCAAAUUCCAACGAAGGAUACCCAGGAGACCUACGACUCUCUGGAACCUGGUGGUACCUCCUGCGAGUUACAGAAUCCAUCCUCGAAUUUGUUGUCCACGAACGAGCGAAUCGACAACCUCGAUGCUAGCGUGGAUCUCAGGAUCACUAGAGCCAUCGAGGGAACUGUUAAACUGCUGUCCAAGGAGUUUGAAAACUUGGUUAGAAGAGAACAGUACUUUAUGAAGGAGAAGUGUCUGCGUAUGACUCAAGACUCGAAUGAAAAUUUUGCGAAACUCGAGGCUGAGAGGGACGGUAGAUUCUGUUCGAUGAAACGAGAUAUAAGGUUCCUUUCCGGCGGCGAAGACAGCGAUUUCGCGGACACCUCCGCGAUAGACAAGUCGAUGAUGGAAAGCGGUUCUUCGACGUCCGCUUCGAGCUGCACCAACUCGCCAAAGAGAAUGUGGCCGCCAGCCUCGCGUUGCCAGAGCCACAUGAGGUGGACUAAAACCUUGCCAACCAUUAAUCAGGCUAUACUACCAUCAAAGCAUCCUUACGCAGUUUCAGGAAAAGUAGGUAAUAAGAAUGUAAACACCGCGACGAGAAGUGGGCUAGGAAACGCGAAUAGCGGGAAUCCGUCUCGACACGCUUCGACGAAGAACCAUUCUUCUCACAUGACAAGAAGCAGUAGCGUUGGAGUUUUAAAUCAAAGCGAUUCGGAAUCGGACGUUGGACCAGGAAACGGAAGGGGAUGGAACAAUCAGACAGGAAAUAACAGGAUGAGCGGGUUGAUGAGACCAACGAUUAGUUCGCAAAAUAAAAUAAAUCAUCAAAUAAAAUCGAGUUCUUCUUCCAAUAGCAAUUUGCCGUCGGUUCUCAGGAGGAGAGGCAUGCAGGGAGCAUAUUCGAGUGUAAAUCUAAGUCAAGUGGGUAAUCAGGAAGACUCCAGUUCAGAGGAUACGUCCUCCAACGGAAACGGUGGAAAACCGGCGCUUCCCCCGAGACCUCGAAGCAUCAGUAUCGAUCAUUCUGCUACAAACAGCUUAAGUCUACCUGGCACGACCGUGAGGAGAUCGGGAUCAACGACAAUUAUAACAAACGGUCGAAGCGGAAAUAGCACGAUAGGACAAAAUGCGAGCAGAAUGUCAACAGCAAAUAGGAAUCAGUUAGAUCCUAGCCCCCAAGAGCUUCCGGUCAAAGAUACCGAUCGUGCCAUCGAUGUAGCAAGUGCUGAAUUGUCCACGCAACUGUGCAACACAAUCGCGGACGAACUGACGCGAACGGCGGACAAUGUUGUGCAGUUGUACAAGCGUUUAACGAUAGAUAACGAAGACGAUCCGUCUAGAGGUACCAUCGACAGGGACACGAUGCUAAGAGGGCUUGAAUCGUCGGUAAACGAAACGAUGCGUACCCUGCGACUGGUUGUCUCCUCCGGUGGCGAUAAUCACAACGACGGUUCGGCCAGCGGGGACAACGUAUCGAUGAACGAAGCUACUGCCAAGUUCCAGGAACUACUCGCCGGUCAAGAUCAAGGAAAAGUUGUCAAUAUGAUGCAGCAAUACUCUGAGAUGCUUUUAAGCAUGAUGCAGCAAAUAAUGGGAGGAACGCAAUCGAGCCAUACGUAAAAAUCCGUCCACCUUACACGAGUUUUCUCCAAGGGGAGAACCAUCAGGACAUCCAGCCGCGGUGCACAGUUACUUAUCGUAUGUACCAACGUGUACAGCCUCUCGGUCUUUGUAUACAUGCCCUGAAGAAGAAUGCAUCGAGACACGCGUGCUCCUUCGUUAUGGUCUCUCGAUGUUUCUGAAUUUGGAUACGUAAUUUCACGAUUAAGCAGGAUCGAGCGUAAACAGCACGUGUUCUAACUCGAAUAUAGAUCUUUUUUCGUUCUUUUCUUUUUUUGUUGAACGCGUAGCUGUUUGCGAGCCAAAGGAAGGAAUUGAUCCAAUUCCUUUUUUUUCUUAAUCCAAUCGUGAAGCGUUUUGAAAAAUUUCUGAAAACGUUAGAAGUCAAAGUUGUUCGAUGAAUGAUCGUGUAUCGUUACAUCGUGUACUGGACGGUGUUUGUAGCCAAAGUUAGUAGAAUAUUUACCGGCAAUUUCGUGCAAACAGGUCCACGAGAUUCGCGGAAGUUCGAACGGGCUAAUUAGAGACAGGAGCGGGUACCUUGAACCCUCUCUUUUCCUCUCCCAUUGAAGCGAAAGCAGAAAAGUAAGGGAAACGAAAGAUUGACUGCGUGAAACUCACUCGUAUCUUGAGGCCAUACGCCCUGAAAUGCCAAUUAACUAAAGACUCUUAGACUAGUUUCCAGGCAAAUAUAUAUUAUAUAUAUAUUUAUCGACUAUUUGCGGGAUAUUAUAUCAUAAUAUUAGUCUUCUUGUUGUGUAACCAAAGGUUGUCUCUGCCUACGGUCUAAAAACGGAACCUCCCUUCCUUCCCUGACGUUUCAAAGCUUCGACAAAACAUAAUUAAAACGAAAAACCAAAGUAUGCAGUAAGCGAUGUGUAAACUUGCCGGUAUGAAAAGAAAUUACCUUGCAAUUAGUUUAGUUUAAUUGAAAAAAAAGAGAAAAGGCGGGCUUUGUAGACCCCUUGUCCGAUUCACGUUUGUCGAAAAACCUGAACACGCGAUUUUCUAUUUUCAAAUUUUGAAUGAAACAAGCGAUUGUUCAUUAUUCUCCUACCAACUUUCUCGUUCGCAGAAGACACGCGCGUUAGGAGUAGCGAAAUUAAUUUCACAUGAAAACUACUACAUUUAGCGACUGCAUAUUUUCUCAUAGAAAUUACAAAUAUUUUUACACGUGAAUACCGUCGAGCGAGGCGAAUGGCAAAAAGUUCCAGAGUCGCAAAGAAAACUUUCGUUGAAACGUUGCGGCUCGACAAGAGCAAGAAAAAAAUAAAACGGGCUUUACUUAGGUUUCAAAGGAAGGAAUUGUAUCGAGGAAUCAAAGUAUUACGAGAACACGUAUUAGUAACGAUUUUAUUACAAACACACGUGAUUUCGUUUGUCGGUUCUUUUUUUUUUUAUAUAAAUCGUAGUUACUUUCUCCAUUGUCCUUUGUUGUGUAAAGUUCUCAGAUUCUGUAUGUAAUUGUAUAAAACGUGCCAUUUAGGUUUAACCAGCAUCGUUUACGUAUACUGCUUUCCUAGGCGUACGAAUUAAUUCUUGUUGAUACACGUGUAACAUAUCUUUAGUAUCCUUUACGCGAAUCUAAACUGUCUCUUAUCGGUUAUAUAAUUUAUAAGACAACUAGGUUAAAAACAAUCUUAUGACUAACUGUAAUUCAGUAUUGCUUUACAGAAUUUCUUUCUCUUUUUCGCUUCUCUUCUUAAUUGAAAGUACUAUUGUGUUCCGUUGUUCUUCGUAUAUUCUUUUUUGGCGCGAGAAAUAAUUUUUUUUAUGAAGGUGACGUUAUUCCUGCAUGAUACGGAUCGACACCUUUGCCGCUUGUUUUUUCUUUCCGACGAUCAGGCCGAUAAGUAAGAUCAAAAAGGUAUCGAUUAUCGCUUCUAGUGUUACAGAAACUAACAAUGGCUAUGCCGUUGAACCUGAUCGUUUUAGAAAAUCGAAGCCUACGCUUGGCUUCGACGGUGAAGGUGUCGAUCGCGUUUAAUAUAUCAUCAUCGUGUAUUUUAGAAAUUCGAACGUUUUAUAUUAGAUGUCAGGAUUUUUGUAAUGAUACAUCGUCGUUGUUAACCGUGAAGGCGUACGUAAAAGGAUGGAACGAAUGUCGAAUCUCAUCUCAUAUGCAUCCCCUCGUGUUUACCUAGCUUCACGUGGUAAUGAACCAUUCCAAAAUUUCACUAUCUCUUUAUCUCUCUCUCUCUCAUGUGUAAUAACCAUCAAAGACAUUGAAAUACUUUUAACUUGAUCGCAAAAAAAAAAAAUGUUGAUUUACUGGCUUUGUAUAUUGUUGUACUUGUUAUUAUUAAGGCGUAUUGUUAUGUAGUAUGUUGUUCGUUUCUGAAUCAUGUACAUAUUUAUUUGAACAAUUUUUUUGCAGAAGACAAGACAGUUUUGGUAAUCGUGAAAUGCCAAAUGUAAUGAUUUCGCCGCAAAAGAGAAUGUAACUUUUUAGCACUUUGUUUUGUAUAUUACGUUAAUAAUUAAUAAUAUAAUAAUUCUUACAAAUUGA